AUGUCCCAAUCCUCCCACCGCUCGAAAGCGCCCAGCCGGAGCGUGAACAGCCUGCGAAAUGGAGAUAGGUUGUCUAGAGAGUCGUCCAGGGUUCGACGAAAAUCGAUCAGCAUAAACGAUGCCUAUCUGUAUGCGUUAAGGGUGGCCUACCUCUCCUACUUGCUUCAGCCUCGCACAUUUCGCAAGAAACAUGUCGAGACCAAGCCUGCCAUCCAUCGCGCAACCACCACCUCCUCCUUCCACGAUCUAAUGAACGAUUUCACCAUUGUGCGAGACUCCAAAAGUACGAGAUUUCCUCAUGACUUCAUCAAAGAGCUGGAGAAGAGGUUGCAAGGCAUCCUUAUUGGCAAGGAGAGGCGCCCGGAAUACCAAGAUGCUGUGGUUAAGCGGACGUUCGCCAUUUUCCUCAACACACUGUCGGAUCCUUCAUUCAAAAAGCGGAUGGAUGCGGACAGAAGAGUCGAGGACCUGGUAUUGAUCUUCUUUUCUAACACAACAAAAGAGCUGCAACGUGGAAAGUCACCUGGCGACGACGGGGUGAAGCGCAUGGUCGACCGUCAUGUUGCCCUCUUCGUCCGGCUUCUAAGUCUCAUUUUGAAAGACCGAGACUGGGCAAAAGACAAGCCUGAGUUGGCGUCUCGAUUGCAGACAUUUGAGUCGAAGCUCCUCAAAGGAGACGAAAAUCUGGCUGCCACACAUCUCAAUGGACAAAGCAGUGUCGUGGAAGAAAUGGUGCCGCGUAGCUACGAUGUCAAGGAUAUGCCUUUGGUGCAGGUGGUUGGACGAAUCUUCGGCUUGACCAAUACUAUGAUGCAGUCAGAUAUCGACAAGUAUAAGCCGGUUUGGACCGAAAAGGCCGCGCUUCAAGAUCUGAAGACAUACCAGCAACAUCUCAAUCUCGGUACCAAGUUGACCCUCAAUUCCGGCGAUUUCGACACUCACGAAGCGUAUGAAUUGUGGAAGAAGACCGAAGGACCGGAACUUUCUCAACUCAUGCUUGCGAUUGUACAAGCAAGUCCCGACCUAGCCAAAAGUACCCCAGGCGGAAGUCUGCCACAAUUCAAUCCCCAAGGUGCUGGACCUGCUUCCACAGAAUCUCACUACGCAGAAGUGUCAAGACUUCUCUCUCAUGACUCCUCCUCUUAUGUUCUAGAUCUGCCGGCGGAUCUGGGCUCGCUUGAUUUGAAUGCGGAAUCGGCCCAGCGCGAUAGUGAACCCGGCCAUGUUUAUACCUUUAUACCUUCAGAUGCCAGAGCCAUGUUUCGAUUGAUAAUGCUACAGGCUCUCAAUCACGACCUUAACGACGAUACGAAUGACGGCGCAAGUGGUCAAUUGUUUUCGAAAAAGACCACAGAGUUGCUCAACGAGAUUGCAUUGAGAUGGCGAAUACCCAAGUUUACCCGCAUCGUACUUUUUCUGGAUGUGGUCCGCGAGAAGUUUGUGGAACAGGCCAUUGGGCUGGAAAUGCUGGACGCCGCCUUCAAUUAUGUGAAGGAACCGCUCCAGGAAGAUUCGAAAAACAAGAGAGCAUCUCUCAUUAUGAGUUCGGUCCUCUACGAUCGAUAUAAUUGGACGAUAUCUGACUUUGCCUUGAUGGGCAAAGUACUCGGUGCACUACACGAGACGCUGCUUCGAGAUCUUUACGAGACCAUGAUGACCUCCUUUGCUGAGAAAGCUCAGUUGCCCAAGCUGGGUAUGAUUAUGGCGAUUAUUGAUGAGCACAUCAAAAGUGAUCCAAACUUUACGCAAAAUUCCGAGGAUUUCGAAAAUUUCAAGAAUGCAGCCAUUGAUGGUCUUGCGGCUGAAGCUCGAAAACUGUACGACCGUCUUCUCGACAAGGAGCUGCCUCAAGAGAACGAAAAGUGGGAGUUCUACCACAUUCAACAGGUCGCAACUGGCGUAUUGAAACUUGCCGAGAAGGUGCAGAAGAGAUUUCGAAAGAAUCCAGAGAUCUUGGGCAUCAACCCAUUAAUGAUUCUGCUGAAUUGCACCCUCCCAGCCUUCGCAGAAGACUCAAAGGCUAUAGUUGAGUCAGUACUUACCACAGCUCAAAGGAAUCAAGUGGAGAUUAGCAUACAAGACGGAUUUGACCUCUAUAAGGAGCUCAGUGAGUUUCGACGAGUACACGCGGAUGCUCUUCCGCAUCGUCCAUUCCCAUACAAGCUAGAAGACCUACUUGCUGAGUUUGUCUGGAAAUGGAUCCGUACCACCGAAGAACAAGUUAUUGGCUGGGUCGAAGGCGCUGUCAAACACGAUACUUUUACUGUGAGAACCCAGAAUCCAGGCGAAGUACCAACCGAGGAUGAGCGUCAUUCAACGUCCGUCAUGGACAUCUUCAGCUCUUUCCAUCAGAUCAUUGAUCAAAUCGGGCAGCUUAACUGGGACGACGACUUGACCUAUGCGAAGUUUCUCACCGCUGUCUCGAAGGCAAUUGGAAAUGGUGUCGCGAGAUAUUGCGAAUUGUUGGAUCAGAUGUUCGGUAAAGAGAUGGACCGACUGACGCCAGAACAAGAAGCUGCUGCCAACAUGACCAGACAGGAGAAAUGGGUACAGUUGGCAAAAGACACAUGGAACAACAAAGAAAGAGUGGAACCUUUCCACUUCUACCCUCAAUCUUUUGUGAAAUUGAACAACAUUUCUUUUGCCAUUCAGGAGUGGGACAAACUAGAGCACGAAGUCAAUGUGGACGCAUGUGCUGAGGUUAUCAAGAAGCAUACUCCUCCAGCUGCCCAACGGCCUCGGAAGACUACGAACUAUGUAUUCACCAUCAAGAUUGUGGAGGCCGAGGACCUCAAAGCUUGUGAUGUGAACGGAUUCAGCGACCCGUAUGUGGUUUUAACUGAUGAAUAUCAAAAGAGGCUGUCGAAGAGCAGGAUCAUCUACCGAAAUUUGAACCCUCGCUGGGAUGAAUCAGUCGACAUCACGACACAAGGCCCUUUGAACCUUAUUGCAACGAUCUGGGACUGGGAUGCCGUUGGUGACCACGACUAUGUCGGACGAACCUCCCUGAAGCUAGACCCAUCACAUUUCAGCGACUUUCUACCUCGCGAGUAUUGGUUGGACCUCGACACUCAAGGCCGACUUAUGGUUCGUGUGAGCAUGGAAGGUGAACGAGAUGACAUUCAAUUCUAUUUUGGGAAAGCCUUCAGGAAUCUGCAAAGGACUCAGCGAGACAUGACGAGAAAGAUCACCGACAAGCUGUCUGCGUACAUCAAUCAUUGUCUCUCUCGACGAGCGCUUCGAUCUCUCCUCAACCGUGGCAUAUCUAUUUCAAGCGUCUCCAACUACUUUGCACGGAAUCGUGCCUCGGUGAUGCCCGCUUCAGCAAUGCCGACUGAUGCCGAGAUUCUCAACGCUCUCAAACCUCUCUUUGACUAUUUUGACGACAAUUUUGCUAUAAUGCAGCAAACUCUUACAGGAGAGGCCAUGAUCGCUGUGAUGACUCGACUCUGGAAAGAAGUCCUGGUGACCGUCGAAGGUCUACUUGUACCUCCUCUGUCCGACAAACCGUCUCAGCAGAAGGCUUUGACCCAGCAAGAACUUGACAUUGUCUUCAAAUGGUUGCAAAGCCUUUUCGAAUUCUUUAACGCUGUUGAUGAGGAGACCGGUGAGGCUAAUGGGGUGCCGGUGAAUGUCCUGAAGAACCCCAAGUAUCACGAACUACAAAUGCUGAAUUUCUUCUACUUCGAGCCGACAGACAGUCUCAUCCGAGAGUCGGAACGUAUGGCAUCGGCGACCGCGGCGAGUCAGCAAAUGCAACGCUCGAGGUUUAGUGCGCCGGCGAAUCUGGGAACCGUGGGCGGGGGGCUACUCAAUCCGGGCAGCAUGGCCGGUGCAAGACGUGCUAAGAGCAUCAUGCUUUCACGGAAUUUGGGGACAAUGCGUAAGGCCAAGGAGGAGAAGUGGAAGGCUGCACAAGCAGAUCCGAACGAUGAUAUGAUUCUGCGCAUUCUCCGCAUGAGGCCCGAAGCGACUGGGUACUUGAGAGAUCGAUCACGACAAAAGGAACGUCUUGCGGCGGCAGCGGCAGCGGAGAUGAUCGUACGACAGAGUCUGCUUGCCGGUGGUGGUAGAAUGACCGGUCCAAGUGUGAUGAGAAGAUGA